AGUGACUCCGAAGUCCGGCCUUAGCUGGCUUCGCCAUAUUAUUGUCGUGUCUGCGAAGAUACGCAUCUACAAGCUCGUGAAGAAGCAUCUUGACCUUUAUACGACACAAAUCCACCGUUUGAGAGACAUCGGCGAUGAGCGAUAUCGAGAGAAGUGGUAGUCGUAGUGCAAGUCCGCGCCGACCACGAACUGCAGACGGUGGCUUAAGAGAUUCACGAUCACACUCGAGAUCGCGUAAAUCGCGCGAGCGGAAGGACAGAGAGGUCAAAUAUUCGAGGUCUCGUAGUCGCUCUGCAUCACGUGGACGAAAGUCGUAUCGCGGCAGCAAGUACACCAGUGUUGGUCAUCGUAGCAGCCGCAGUCGAAGUCGCUCACCAUACCGCGGUGGUCGUUACUCUCGCAGUAGAUCUCGCUCAUACUCACGAUCGCGAUACUCUCGCGAUCGACACGUGUAUCGUUCACACUCGCGCAGCCCAAUGUCAUCUAGACGACGACACAUCGGCAAUCGAGACAAUCCUUGUCCUUCUCGUUGCCUAGGUGUUUUUGGACUCUCCAUUUUUACUACCGAACAGCAAAUUCAACAUAUAUUCUCAAAAUAUGGUCCAGUAGAACGAGUACAGGUCGUUAUCGAUGCAAAGACUGGACGUUCUAGAGGAUUCUGCUUUGUAUAUUUUGAUACAUCCGAGGAUGCUAAAGUGGCUAAAGAGCAAUGUACCGGUAUGGAAAUCGACGGGAGGCGAAUUCGCGUAGACUUCUCUAUCACACAACGUGCCCAUACUCCAACUCCAGGAAUAUACAUGGGAAAACCUACGCAUCUGCAUGAUAGAAGCUGGGACGCACCGAGGCGUAGAGAAGUUAGCUACAGAGGAAGCUAUCGUCGCUCACCCAGCCCAUACUACAGUCGCCGACGUUCACGUUACGACCGUUCUAGAUCGCGCUCUUAUUCACCGCGUAAGUACAAUCUCCUCUUUAAUUUACGUUGUAAUAUAAGCUGUCUACAUGGAUAUGUGUCUCAUUCCUAUAUCACAUUAAAAUACACGGUGUAAACAUCUGUAUAACUGCAAAUUAUCUAGCAAAAUCUUCAUAUUUUCAUAAUUUAUCGCACAACCGUGUUUAUUGCAAUGUCAUUUCUCUUCACUUGUUUAUUUUACCGAACACUACACGAAAAUAUUACAUGAAGAAAAACUUCGCAUGUUUUACGAUAUUUAUUUUUCUAAAGAAAGACACAAUUUCUCAUCAUUUUGCUCUGUUAUGGCCUGGCAUUUUGCUGUGUCAUAUCUAUGUUAAUUAACUGCUUUCUUGAAUAUAGUUGAAAAUUAUGAAAUCUAAAAGAAAUUAAUAUAUUGCAUUAAAUUUAUUAUAUGCAAAAAAAUUCUAUUUUAUAUCAAUGCUAUUUAUAUGAAUGACAAAGAAAAUGAUUUUGCACGUAUUUUAUUACAUUGAAAAGAGUCGAUCAGCAAUUUAUGUAAUAUUUCUUCUGGAUUCAUAUUUUCGUAGACCGCUUAUAUUUCUAAUUGAAACGGUAAUAUCAGUUGGAUUGCAAAGUAAGUAUUUAAGUUAGCAAGAAAACAGCAGAAGAAGGCAUCAGAGAUAUGCGCUUGAUAAAUCGUACGGUAGUAGCUAAGCAGCAAUCCGUAACUUCGUAAAACAAUCAUGGUUUUUUUGUUGCUUAAUGAAUUUCAGGUCGAUAUUAAAUCAGAUGAAGUGAUGCGAGGCCAGGUCCUUUCGGAGAUGACUUUGACCCAAAUAUUUCUUCAACGGGUCAAAAUUAUGAAAUUAACGAAAUCGCAUUAUAUUACUAUUCUUACCUUACCCAGUUCUGCAUCGUAUGCGAUACAAUCUCACAGGCGUUAAAAUUAUAAUACCAUAAUAAUAUUAUUAAGACUAUGGAUUAAAAAAAGUAUAAAAUGUAGCCGAAUUUAGCAUACUGCACGAAAACCAGUAAGGUUAGAAUAGAUGUAAAACCUUAUUUUCAUAAGUUUAUAAAUUUAUAUUGCUUCCUUUUAUGAAGAUAAGGUUUCAAUUGUGUAAAAAUACAAGGCUAUAAUGUGAAAGCUGGAAUAUAAUUGAGCGCUCGAAAUUUGCGGCCAGUCUUUAGCUUACAGUUGUAUUCCAGCCGUUGGAUAGAAUCUUUUAAAGAAAAUGUGGAAAGUCUCUUAAAAAAAAUAAAGUAAACCUAAAUAAAGAAAGCAAGAAAACGAAAAACACAAAAAAGAAAAAUAAUAACAAGCUUUGAAUAAAAGUAAGUUCUCUAACCUAUUUGUUUGUU